AUGGAUGAACUCAGUCCCGAGCCGAACAAUCCUCACGUUAUUGCAUCAAAGAUCGACAACGACAAUGAUGCCAUCGCACUCGCCAAUAUCACCGGCUAUAAGCAGGAGAUGGUGAGACGAUGGAGUCUGCAGAAGGUCAUCGGAAUGGGCCUCGGAUUGUCCUCCACCUGGGCAUUCGCGGGAGCUGGUCUCACCCUCGUGAUAGCUGAAGGUGGACCAGCCGCGGCCUUGUAUGGAUUCCUCUUCGUGUCAUUCUUUACCUUUUGCGUGGCGGCCUCGCUUGCUGAGCUGAGUUCGGCCUAUCCCACCACGGGAGGACCUUUUUACUGGGUGGCUCAGGUUGCCUCUCCUAAAUAUGCGCGUUUCCUGUCCUUGUUGACCGGCGUCGCCAACUGCAUGUCCUGGAUCUGUGCCUGUGGCAGCGUCGCUAGCACGAAUGCGCAGCAGAUCUUCGGCUUUGUGGUCAUCGCCCAUCCGAGCGUGACCAUUGAACGCUGGAUGCUCUACAUCUUAUAUCUCUUCUUCAUGCUGGCGGGCAUGUUCUUCACCAUGUUUGCGUACCCGCUUGUGCCCAUCGUGAACAAGUGGCUAAUCUACUGGAGCCAGGUGGCCAUGGUGAUCAGCAUUAUCAUCAUGCUGGCCAGCUCCAAAGGCCAUUAUGCCUCCAGCCAGUUUGUCUGGGCUGAAUACAUCAACCAGACUGGAUGGAACAAUGUGCUCUGCUUCCUGACCGGGUUGAUCAAUGCCGGUUUCCAAUACGGUCAUUUAGACGUGUGCGUUCACCUUGCUGAGGAGGCCAGCCGGCCAGAGAAGAACAUCCCUAUCGCCAUCGCCGCCCAGAUGGCCGUCUCGUUUCCGCAGGGAUUCUUUUUCCAGGUCAUCAUGUUUUACUGCAUCAAGGAUCUCAACCGCAUCAUGUCCGCGACUAUUCCUAACGCCGAACUCUUCUUGCAGGCGGCCGGUUCUCAGGCAGGUGCCAUCGUCAUCCAACUCAUGGUUGUCAGCAUUCUCGUCUGUGUGAACUUGGAGGUGCAGACAACAGCAUCGCGUAUGGUCUGGUCCUUCGCUCGCGACCGAGCCUUCCCAUUCUCCGACUGGCUGUCCGUCAUUCACCCAAAGCUAAUGGUCCCCGUCAACGCACAACUCGUCGUCAACUGCAUCGUCUUUCUCCUUGGGUUCCUCUAUCUAUUUGCUGGUCAGGCCUAUAGCGCCCUGGUCGGAUCGUCCUUCAUCUUGGCAUACAUCGCCUACUUUAUCCCCAUCGCAUCCGUGGUCGCUAGCGGUCGCAAAUUCAAGCCUGGUCCCUUUUAUAUGCAGAAAUGGGGUUUGAUUGUCAACAUUCUCUCCCUGCUUUGGCUAUUGGUCGGCAUCGUGUUCUGGCAAUUCCCAUUCUUCCUCCCUGUCGUCGGCCAUAUGGCAUCCAAUAUGAACUGGACCGUCGUGGUUGUCGGAGGUAUUUUACUCCUGGCAACUAUCUGGUAUUUUGCCGCUGGGUCUAAACAAUACAAAGUCCCCUUGGCAUCUGACCACAACAACGCUGUUGUUCUUGAAGCACAGCAGUCAGCAGAACAAAGUGAUGAAUCUGUCUCUGGACCUAAGGCCUGA